AUGACUAACAAUCUCAACAAAUCAAAUCAAAUCAUAAUCAAAUCAACUACACCUACCUAUUCUCCUCAACUUCCUCAUUCUCCAUUUAAUCACCUUCCAACUCAACAUCAAAAUCAAACUCAAACUAUCGAUUCUAUUAUCGAUCGACCUACCUUACCUCGUCGAAUUCAAAUUAUUCAUACUAGGAUCACAAAUCAAGGAUUAAAGGAAGUUCCAUCUAAAUUCGAAAGAUGUGAAACAGAUGAUUUGAUCGAAUUGAUUGGAUCAAUGUUAGAUAGACUGAUCUCACACAACGAUCGAAUCCCACUCACAUCAAGUUCAUUAACACGUUUUCAUUCAAGAUCACCACCUUCGAUCACCAUACAAGAUUAUUUAAAAAGGAUAUUAAUAUAUACAAAUGUCGAACCGAUUUGUCUUUUAUCCAUUUUACCUUAUAUAGAUCGAAUUUGUGAAAAGUUAUCGAAUUUUACAAUCUGUUCAUUAACUGUACAUAGGUUUUGUAUUACUUCUGUUACAGUUUGUUGUAAGUUUUUAUGUGAUAGUUUUUUUGCUAAUUCUAGAUAUGCUAAAGUGGGAGGGAUCGGUUUGAUUGAAAUGAACCUUUUAGAAAGAGAGUUUUUGAUUGGAAUUGAUUAUACUCUUGUAACAACAGGAGAAGUUUUAAAUCGUUAUUAUCUUUCAUUAGUUCAAUCACAUCCAUCUUAUGCUCUCUUACCACCUAGUUCAGAUCCAUCCAACUCUUCUACAUCUUCUACUGCUCGUCAUUCUACCGUAUCAACACCACCUAUUGAAAAUAUUGAAAAUCAUUCAGAUUCAAUUGAAUUAUCUAUAGAAUCAAGUGAAAAAUUUAAACCAGAAGAAUCGGUUUAUGAAGUUGAAAAUCUUGAAUGUGAAGUUAAGGAAAACAAAGAAACUGAAAUGGUCAUUGAACUUCAACCUUUACCUGACUGUAUACAUGAUGAAGAAAUGGGAUGAUGAUGAUGAUGAUGAUGAUGAACUUUCUUGAACUUUCUUGAAAGUUUUGAUGUUUCUCUCUAAAUAAGGAUUAAGAUUACUUUUUUAUAUAUAUAAUCUCUUAAAUUGUAAAUCUUUUAUUCAUGAAUUUUUUUUCUUAUUAAUUUCUUGAUGAGGUGGGUUUCUUUGUUCUUUGGGAUGUACGUUUUUGAUUUAUUUAUUUUGGUUUUUUCUGAAUUUGUAUGUUGAUAGACAAUUAUAAAAGAAAAGAAUUAUAAUGCUACUUAUAAGUCAUCUGUUGAAGUACAUACAUAUUUUUCUUGUCUUUUAGUAUAUAUAUAGAGACUUGAAAAAGAAGGAAGAUGAACAC